AAUCCUACCUAUCAUGUAGCCAAGUAGCGAACAAUGUGCAGUAAGGUUACUACCGGUUGACGAUGUAUAUCCUAGUGAACGUUGUCCAACAGACUCAGAUGGAAACGAAAAAUUUAAUCAAUUUCUGUGUCUUGACUGAGUGAAGUCGACUUCCUCACUGGGGUCGGUUUAAAUGAGCAAAAGGAACGUUAAAUGAAAAUCUUAUAUUCAAACAUACCGAUGAAAGAUAAGCUCAAUAUGCUCAAGCCACGUGUGCGCUACUGCUGCUGCUGCUGCUGCUGCUAGCUCUUUGUCAGUGUAGUGAAAAUUCAACGAAAGGCCCUGAUCGAGUGGGGCCUAAUAAAAUUACAAUACAAUACCUUCGUCAUACGGGGAAACAGUUGCGAAGUCACUUGUAUUUCAUUAAGUUCAUGCGGUGUAUACAAUACGGUGUGUACGUAUCUAUUAAUGCUUUAGAUCAUUGCGGUGAAGACGAGUUUGUGGAAGUGUAACAAAUAUCUGAAGCAAACAGGAGAUAUAAACGAAACGGCAAACGCGGCGUCCGAAGAAUACCGCAUCUGUAGAUCGAGACCAAUCAGCAUUUGAAAAUGUUCAUAAUAUUCAUUUGUUCUCUUCUGCUCAUAUCAGGUGUCAGCUGCAUUCGCGAUGCAAGCCUCCACGUUCCGGGCGCCAUUCUAGCGGGGCAGCCCCUUGUGAUGUGGUGCCGAUUCGACCUCGAAGGCGAGGCACUCUACUGUGUAAAAUGGUACAAGGACAAUUCAGAGUUUUAUCGUUACUGUCCGGGAAAUGCCCCUAGCCCUACGACAUUUAAUGUACCUGGUGUUGACGUUGACUUGACACACUCGAAUGAGAGUAUGGUCACACUCGUGCGCUCUGAUGUGCGCACAGAGGGUACAUACAGUUGCGAGGUUUCCGCUGAGGGGACCUAUAAGACAGUUUUGCUUGAAAGUGACGUUGUCACUUACGUAAUGCCAAGUGGCGGCCCUGUCAUCGAAGGGCUUAAAAAGCGUUAUGAUCUAGGUGACACAAUCAAUGUCACCUGUAGGUCGGCUCCCUCAAAACCACCGCCACGCCUGAAAUGGUACGUCAACGGAAAGCGCGCUCCAAGUAAACUGACUGGCAAAACGCAAGUCAGCUUAAGUCCCAUGGCUGACAGUUUGAGCCUCGGUAUGGGCAUGGGCGUACAGGCCGUUGGUCUGAAUCUCAGGAUGCCAAUUACGUCGGAGGAUUUGCGCAAUAAGAUCAUCAAACUUCAGUGCGUCUCUACCAUCUACAAGAACUUGUCCGAAAAGUUCGAUGAAAUCACAUACCAUCCCUAUUUGAAUCGCACGCUUGUGGUCGAUCCCGAUGGGCCGCGAAUCAGCGGUGAAGAAAUGCUCAACAUUUACGAUAAGGCCCGCACAUCAGUUGAGUGGAACUGUACAACACGGGUACAAGAUUCGAACGAGGCAUACUUUGAGUGGACGGUCAACGAUGAGGAGACCACUCGAAAUAUGACAGUCCAUCUAUCAAUGGCGCGGACCGGACGUCAGAAGACGUACACGUCAAGACUGAGGAUGACUCUCGAAGAAAAAUUUGUCACAUCGAUGCGUUUAAAGAUUCGGUGCACCGUUGUGUACUCACAGCCAAUUCAAUUCGUGAGCGAGGAGACCAUCUUCACAGCCGCAAGCACCUCCUUUCACAUCAUGAAAAUCUCCGCUGGAAACGCACCCGAUCCUGAUCAUUAUUUGAUCCUAACGACAUUUUCCAUCGCCGUACCGUUAACUACGGUUCUGCUGCUCUCUGAACUUGUCGACCACUGAGCCUCAUCUCUCAAACCGAAGUCCCUCUCUCGUUAACCGCUGUGUCGCCGCCGACCUGACAACCUAAGAAAAGAAUUUCAGAGUGUUUUUGUUGAGCGAACAUUGUCAACGCUAGGUAUUCACUUGAAGAGAACCGAAUAAAGAGGAUUAUUAUAAAUAGAAUUAAAUAUACAUACAGACACAGUUGCAUCAGACAUGCGAAA